ACUCACUCACCUUCUCCUCGCUUCGUCGUCUACAAAUACCCGGCCGCUCCCGUUCUCGUGCUCCCUCUUCCACUCGUCUCGCCAUUAAUUAAAGCUCCGGGAAACAAUUUUCCUCCCCCAAAAUCCUCCAGAUAUAGCCCUACCACACCUCAGCAAACUCUCUCUCGCGCGCGAAGCAUCGACUCUGCUGGAUCCCCCCCUUUACCUGGACAUUUGACUCCCCCCGAAUUCCCAUCAUUUUGGGUUUAUCGCCCAUCUGUGGCGGCAGCUCGGGAUAGGGCUCGCGGGGAUGAGGCUGCAUGGGGACGUGUCGGAUGACGAAGAGGAGGGUGCGGUGAUGGAUCCGGCACUGCUGUCGUCGUCGUCGCUCGCCGGUGCCGCGGCGGCCGCCGCGUCGAGGCUGGUGGUGGGCUACGCCCUCACGAAGAAGAAGGUGAAGAGCUUCCUCCAGCCCAAGCUGCUCUUGCUGGCGAGGAAGAAAGGAAUUAGUUUCAUAUCAAUUGAUGAAACUCGUCCUCUCUCAGAACAAGGCCCAUUUGAUAUUAUCUUGCACAAGAAAACUAGCAAGGAGUGGCAGCGGAUUCUGGAGGAUUAUCAUGAAGUGCAUCCAGAAGUCACUGUACUCGACCCACCCAAUGCCAUCGAGCAUCUGAACAAUCGACAAUCGAUGCUUGAAGAAGUAGCAGACUUGAACCUGUCCAGUUUCUAUGAAGAAGUUUGCACUCCACGCCAACUGGUCAUUAUGAAAGAUCCAUCCUCUAUACCAACUGCAGUUGCCAUGGCUGGGCUAACCUUGCCAUUGGUUGCCAAGCCAUUGGUUGUUGAUGGAACAUCUAAAUCUCAUGAGCUAUCUCUGGCAUACGACGAGGCAUCCUUGCCAAUGCUUGAUCCUCCUCUGGUACUCCAGGAAUUUGUGAAUCAUGGUGGGAUCCUCUUUAAGGUGUACAUCAUUGGUGAAGCUAUACAGGUUGUCCGCCGGUUUUCUCUUCCUGAUGUUAAUACCUAUGACUUACUAAACAAUGUUGGCAUCUAUCGACUUCCAAGAGUUUCAUGCGCUGCAGCUACUGCAGAUCAUGCAGACCUUGAUCCUCAUAUUGCAGAGCUUCCUCCGAGACCACUUCUAGAGAAACUAGGCAGGGAGCUUCGUGGUCGGCUGGGUCUAAGAUUGUUCAACAUAGAUAUGAUUAGAGAGCUUGGAGCUAAUGACCGGUACUAUAUAAUUGAUAUCAACUAUUUCCCAGGAUAUGGGAAAAUGCCUGGUUAUGAGCACAUAUUCACCGAUUUCUUGCAAAGUCUUGGGCAAAACAAAUACCAAAGGUGCUUGAGCGGAGGCUGAAGCGCCGGGAAGUUUGUGAAAGAGUAAACGGCUAGAGGAGAUACAUCGGCGGUAGACAUACUUCUGCACCAAUGAACAUAUCUCGGAUACAUAAGCUGGAGCCCAAGGCUUUAAGAAGUCCCAAACUGGCAUUACAUGUCUUGUCAGAAGUGGCGCCACAUACACAGGAUCAGGAGUAGGGGGGGAGGGGGGCAAAAACAAGAAAAACUCGAAUGGCCUUGUGCCGAUCUUGUAUAAAUCAGGGUUGUUAUGACAGUUUGGUCACCUUCCUCUCGUUGAUCUCAAAUGUUUUCAUCAAACAGAAUUAUCACCAUUAACCUAUUUACUGUAUGUAUAAUAAUGAUCAGUUAAAUUAGAAACAUUACAUCA